UUGACUCGUGUAGUGGUAGUCGGUGCUACACCUUUGUAGCACAACACAGCAGAGAUAACACGCGUUGUCCACUGGAUAACGUGGGAAAGUGUAGUAUAUUCACUAGUGCAUAGUAACAAAAAUUGAUAAAUUUUUUAUUAAUGUGUUGUAUUUAUUGAAUAAAUUGUUGUUGUGGAGUCAUGGCACCUGUUUUGAGUAAAUACGUGACGAGGAAAACUGCGGCUGGAGCUUUUGCACUGAGUGCACUGAUCUGGCUGCUGAAGAGGAAGCGGAAUAAAAGGACUACCAAAGCUAGGGUUUUGUGGCCGGCAAAUGAUGUGCAGUACGUCAUUAAUGAGCAAGGAAAACCCAAGGGCCCAAAGGCGCACGUUGACGCAGCCUUCUUCCGUCAGCUCUACCGAUUGUUGGCUAUCGGAGUACCUGGUGCAUUCUCCCCCGAGGCCGGUUUUGUCCUGCUUAUCGCGGGUACCCUCAUUGGGAGGUCACUCUGCGAUUUAUGGAUGAUCAGGACAACUACGCUUAUCGAAGGUGCCAUUGUCAACAUGGACGGCAAGGGCUUCAAAAAAUUAUUGUUAACAUUUUUAGCGGCACUACCGGCAAUAUCAGUCGUAAAUAAUUUACUCAAAUACGGAAUUGGGGAGAUGAAGCUGAGGAUGAGAGCCAAUGUGACUCGAUAUCUCCUGGAGCAGUACCUCAAGGGAUUCACUUACUACAAAAUGACUAAUUUGGACACACGCAUUGCCAAUCCAGAUCAGCUGUUGACAACAGAUAUCGAUAAAUUCUGUGACAGCUGCACUGAUCUCUACAGCAACAUUGCCAAACCAAUUCUCGAUAUUGCAAUUUACGUUUACAGAUUGACGACUUCUUUGGGUGGACAGACCCCCGCAAUGAUGCUGGGAUAUCUGGUAAUAGCAGGUACUUUCCUCACACACUUGCGAAGGCCCAUCGCCUCCAUGACGGCGAAGGAACAGAGGCUGGAGGGUGAAUACCGUCACAUAAAUUCACGAUUGAUAACGAAUUCGGAGGAGAUAGCCUUCUACCGAGGGAAUAAUCGGGAGAAAUUGACGCUUUUCGCUAGCUUCCAUAAAUUAAUUAAGCAUCUACGUGGGCUCUUGGAGUUCAAAGUCGCUAUGGGCGUUAUCGACAACUUCGUCGGAAAAUACGUAGCAACGGUGGUUGGAUUUUACGCUGUAAGCAUUCCAUUCUUCCAAAAGGACCACUCAAUGCUCAAAGGCACCUCUCAACACCGUUUCAAGCACUACUACGAGAACGGGAGAAUGUUGGUGAAAUUAGCCGAAGCCAUAGGUCGUCUCGUUCUUGCUGGGCGAGAAAUGACACGACUGGCUGGUUUCACUGCGCGUGUUACCGAGAUAAGGAGUGUUCUGCAGGACCUGAACGAGGGAAAAUACCAAAGGACAAUGGUGGCUGAGGGGAGGAGUGAGCCCGUUGGUAAACCUGGCUCUGGGAGAAUAGUUGCCAAGGAUAACAUCAUCAGAUUCGAGCAUGUACCUCUGAUAACCCCGAAUGGAGACGUUCUCAUCAAAGAUUUGAGCUUCGAAGUCAAGUCGGGAAUAAAUGUGCUCGUCUGUGGACCAAAUGGCUGUGGAAAGAGUUCUCUAUUCCGUGUUCUAGGGGAGCUCUGGCCUGUCUGGGGGGGUACAGUCACCAAGCCCCCCAGUGGUAAACUCUUCUACAUUCCCCAAAGACCCUACAUGACGUUAGGAACCCUUCGAGACCAGGUUAUCUACCCCCACACUCAAGCAGAGAUGCUGAGACGUGGGAACACGAAGGACGAGGAUCUCCAGAAAUAUCUGGACCUCGUUCAGCUUGGACAUCUGCUAGAACGCGAGGGGGGGUGGGACACCGUGGCUGAUUGGAUGGAUGUUCUGUCUGGAGGCGAGAAACAACGAAUAGCUAUGGCAAGAUUAUUCUACCACAAACCCCAGUUUGCAAUUCUCGACGAGUGUACGAGUGCAGUCAGUAUGGAUGUGGAGGACUCCAUGUACUCCUACUGUCGACAGGCUAAUAUCACACUCUUCACGGUUUCCCACAGACGAUCAUUAUGGAAACAUCACGAGUACUAUCUGUUAAUGGAUGGCAGGGGGUCCUACGAAUUUAAACCAAUUGAGCCAGACACCGAAGAAUUUGGCUCAUGAAUUAUUGUGUCCCUCGUGGCCGAUGGCUAGACGGGAAUGGGUACAGGUGUGGUUGAAACUCAGAACGAGAAGAAAAACAAAGUAGGUCCAAUUGAGUAAACAAUAGCCAUGAAAUUACUGAGAAAACCCACCGAGCUGACCCAUCGAGUCAUUGGUGUAAAUAAAAGAAAAUAGGGGGAAUUUGGAGGUUGUGUGGAGUGAGGGAUAAUUUUCAGAGAAUUUCCUAACCUCAAAUUUAAAGAAAAGUAUUGAUUUUUUAUUGAAUUUUCAAUUCCUUACUCUGAAUAUUCCUGAGUCAUCGAAUGUGUGCAUGAAGUGGUGAUUAAAUGAAUGAGAAGACA